UUCGUCUAAAUGUCAACAUUUCACUAGAAAUCUACAAGUUUGUGAAGGAAGAAAGGGCAACUGUUCUUCUCUUCUACGCCCAGUGAGGGUUUAAUACUGGGUUUUAGGGACCGUAAGAAGAAACACCUAAAUUUGAUUAGAUUUUCAAUACCCAUCAGUUUCAUCAAAUGGCACGUUCAACUGGGUCUAGAUUGGUUCGUUCUUGGUCUGGCCGCUUUCUCUUACGUGAUGUAAUUGAGGAAUCUUCAGACUCUGUUUGUGGGUCAAUAUUACUAGGCGGGUGUAGAAGAUUUAGCUCGGUUGGCUGCAAUGAACCAUGGGUUUUUGCUAGUUUCAUUUGCAGAAAUGGAGUUAGAAAUACAUGUAAGCAGAGAAAUGGAUUGCAUAACUUGGGAAUUAGAAAUACGAGAUUCAUUCAUGGAACUGCACCUUUGGCUUCUAGAGAUUAUUAUGAAUUACUUAAUGUAAGUAAAAAGGCCCCUGCAUCUGAGAUCAAGAAAGCUUAUUAUGGGCUUGCAAAACAGUUACAUCCUGAUACAAAUAAAAACGAUCCAGAAGCAGAAAAGAAAUUUCAAGAAGUCCAAAGAGCAUAUGAGGUCUUAAAGGAUGAAGAAAAGCGGGCACAAUAUGACCAGGUUGGCCAUGAUGCAUAUGAACGGGUAGCUAAUGGUGAUGGUUCGGGUGGUUCCCAGUGGGACCCAGGGUUUAAUCCAUUUGAUAUCUUCAACAUGAAUCCAGAUAUCUUUUCACCUUUCGGAAGCAUGGGUGGCAAAGAUAUCAAGGAUUCGGUUAGUAUAUCCUUCAUGGAAGCUGUUCAAGGAUGCACUAAAACUUUGACUUUCCAAACUGAACUAGCUUGUGAAAGUUGUGGUGGAAGUGGUGUACCUCCUGGUACUAGGCCAGAAACUUGUCGUACCUGCAAAGGCUCAGGAGUGAUCAACCAGGUUACUGGCCCAUUCAGGAUGCAGGUUACCUGUUCUUAUUGUCACGGAAGUGGAAAGCUUGUUAAGAACUUCUGCAAGUCUUGUGGUGGGCAGAAAGUUGUUAAAGGAUCAAAGACGGUCAAAUUAGAUAUCAUGGCAGGUAUUGAUGACAGUGAAACUCUGAAGGUAUAUAGGAGUGGUGGAGCAGAUCCUGAAGGCAAUAAACCGGGAGAUCUUUAUGUUACUGUCAGGGUCCAGAAAGACCCUGUAUUCCGAAGAGAGGGGAAGCAUCUUCAUGUUGAUGCUGUACUAAGUAUCAGUCAGGCAACUCUGGGAGGAACUAUCCAGGUCCCAACUCUUACAGGAGAUGUUGUUCUAAAGGUUCGACCUGGCACUCAACCUGGUCAGAAGGUGGUUUUGAAAGGAAAAGGGAUAAAAGGAAGGAACUCUUAUUCAUUUGGAGAUCAAUAUGUGCACUUCAACAUCAGCAUUCCUACGACUUUGUCUCCACGACAGCGUGAGAUAAUUGAAGAGUUUGGCAAAGAUGAUCGAGAGGAAGAAGAAAAGGUAGAAAAAGUUGCUGCAGCCGGAUCAAAUGUCUGAAAUAAGCCCUAGUUUGUACAACUAUAAGCAGAUGCCAUAGGAAUAAAUUCGAAGGAAAAAGAUAAACAAUACAACUACUAUUAUUUUGGAUGCCAGAUUCCUUGAAUCUCAAAAAGUUUUGUUC